AUGGCGAUGGCCUCAUCACCUGCAUUAUUCACAGCCUCUCGAGGCCAAACGCUAACAUACCUCCUAGCAGUCUGCCCCUUCUCCAUCGCCUUCCUUGUCUUUAUCAAUUCCUCGGUCUCAUUCGUCGUCACGGAUCUGAUCGGGCUGCAUGAUGGCGAAGGCAAUGCGGUGGGAACGCUAGGCUUUGCCGAUGAGUUACUCGCUCUGGCUGCUUGUCCGCUUUGGGGUGUGCUUUCUGAUCGGAUUGGUGUGCGCCAUGUGUGCGCUAUCGGCUACGCAAUUAUUGCCGUUGCAUUGGUUCUCUUCGUACAGGCCACGAAUGUUUACCCCCAGCUUUUGCUGGGCAGGUUGUUGUUUAGCCUUGGGGGCUCGGCGGUGUCUACCAUGGUCACCGCUGUCCUGCCUACCGUCACGGGGAAGGCGUUGCGAGACCAGGCCUACCGGGCGUCGGUCUCCUCAGAGUUGACUAUUACCCCUGCAAGGCUGAAUGGCCUGCAAAACGGUCACCACCCUGAUGGUGCCGCCACGCGUGCAUCGCCGUCAGCUCGAUUGUCAGGCUUUGUCGGGUUAUUUGCUGGUUGUGGUGCUCUCGUAUCCCUCGGUGUCUUCCUGCCCCUUCCAGCCCGAUUUGAGAAAAUCGGCCUUUCGCCCGCGGAAGCAAUUCGACGCAGUUAUUAUCUGGUUGCCGCCGUUGCGAUGAUAAUCAGUCUCAUCAGCUUCAUCGGUCUCCGCAAUCUGUCCGAGGAGGAAGGAAAAGGGUGGCGGGCAUUAUGGAGUCAUCAUUCUGGUCAACAUGCGGACGACCAGGAUGACGACGACGAGGCUUUCCACGGACAAGAAAGAAUGCCCUAUUGGAAACAACUGACGACGGCACUGCUGUUAGGAUUCCGGAAUCGCAGUAUUGCCCUGGGCUACAUGGGAGGGUUUGUUGCACGCGCCUCCUCGGUAGCAAUCUCAUUAUUCAUCCCACUAGCCGUGAACCACUAUUACCGUGUCUCCGGACUUUGCAAUGAAGAUCACGAGCCAAUGCCCAAUUCCGGGCUCGGGGAUAUCAAAAAGGCGUGCCCGCGCGCGUAUAUCCUAGCCUCGAUUCUCACCGGGGUAUCCCAGCUAAUCGCCCUCCUGGCCGCGCCAGCCUUUGGAUAUUUAACCGAUAAAUCGCGGCGGUACAAUGUCCCUCUUCUAGUGGCGGCGUUUGUCGGCGUGGUGGGAUAUCUCGCAUUCGGAUUCCUACCCAACCCGCAAUUCAAGGGCCCCGACGGCAAUGCGGGGGUCUUCGUUGUCAUGGCCCUGCUGGGAAUCAGUCAGAUUGGCGCCAUCGUCUGCAGUCUAGCAGUGCUGAGCAAUGGGAUUCUCCAGGUGGGUGUUGACGACGACGCGCUGCGUAAAAUCUAUGCCGAGCAGGGUGUCGAUCGCCAGGGUGCCCAUAUUCAUAAUGGUCACAGUGGGGAAGGCGAGAACCAGCCCCUGCUGGCCCACUCUGUCGACCACCGGCUGCAGCACCUGUCACACUUGAAGGGGUCCAUUGCCGGGGUUUACUCGCUGUACGGCGGGGCGGGAAUCCUGAUUCUCACAAAAGCGGGUGGAUCGCUCUUUGACGUGUUGUCCUCGGGGACACCGUUCUAUAUCAUGGCCGUGUUUAAUGGGAUUUUACUUGUAACGGGGCUCGUGUGUGGAAUUUUGAAUGCACGAUCUAAGGGAGUCUCUGGUUAG